CUCACUUCAUCUUUAUCUAGCUCUUCAUUUGAAACUUCUAGUUCACUGCCUUCAAGUUCAGGUAGUACUAUCCACUCUAUACGAUCUUUAGAGUCAUUCAUGGAUGAUCUAAUGAAACAUAAAGCUAGAAAUGGAGCAGCGGAUUCUAAAACAGAAUUGGAAAAAUAUCUUAGUGAAGAAAAUGAAGUUGAAUGGCCUAACUUUAAGAUCUUGUCUUGGUGGAAAAUAAACUCACCUAGAUUUCCUGUUCUUGCUGAGAUGCCUCGGGAUGUGUUAGCUAUUCCUAUUUCAAGUGUGGCAUCCAAGUGUGCAUUUAGUACCGGAGGACGUAUUUUGAAUUCAUUUAGGAGUUCAUUGAUUCCUAAAUUGGUACAAGCUCUAGUGUGCCUUCAAGAUUGGAUUCGGAGUGAAAAACUACCAGAUAGUGUUGAAGAAGAUCUAGAUAACCUCGAGCAACUUGAACAAGAUUUGGCCAACACUAGCAUUCUUGAUGAUUGACAUGGAACGGUGGAGUUGGAACUCUUCAUUUUUGCACUUGGAUUUGGUAGGCAGUCCUAUUUAGAUCAUAUCUGCAAUAAUCUUUCCUUUUUAUUUCUCACACACUCAAUUAUAUUUGUAAAAUAGGAACCAAAACACUGUGUUCUGCUUUGGAAGCAUUUUAUAUCUCAUUUAGGUGUUUAAUUUUGUGCAUCUCUAGUUAUGUCUUAACUUUGACAAGGUACUCAAGAAUAUAAAAUAGUCUUAUGGCUUUUAGUACCAAUAUGUAUCAAGCAAAA